UUCCUUUUGCACAACAUCGCACGUUCAACGCCAGCCAGGUAUGAAGAGGAGCAUGGGGAGCAGCAAGAGGAGGGGGAGACGGAAGAAGCGGAGGAGGAGGAGGAGGAGGAGGAGGAGGAGGAGUCGAGGGCCGCGGCCUCUCUCGCGCCGCCGCCGAUCGGAUCGGCGGAGCUCGGCAGCCAGGCUGGGAGCAGCCGGGCCGGAGGAAUCGAAACGAGCCCCCGGGGGCGGGCGGCAGGGCUCGGGCCAUCGGGCGCUCAGGGGUGCAUCAUCCACGUGAGGAACAGGCCGCCCACGAACGCGGAGCCUGCAGGGCGGCCGGGGGCCCACCGCCCUGCCACCCCCACAGGCCUACGAGGCCUGCGGUCGGGGCGUUGGCCCGAGGAGCCCCAGGUGAGGAGCGAGGCCCCUGUGUUCCCCAAAGUUACACUUCGAUCUCCCGUGGGGAACCUCGGGGAAGCCCGAGGCAAGCUGCUCGACAAUCAAGGAGCACCGAGCCCCUCCCCAACGAAAAGGGUUCCUCCUUCGGCGCCCCGACGAUACCGCGCACGUGCUGCAGAGCACGAGAGCGCUCUAAGUGCGACAAUCGUGCCCUCAUAAUAUACAACGGGCAAGUCGAAACACGACUGUCUCAGCCAGAACGGUGCGGAGAACAGUUCAUGAGAAAACCACAACAAGGGUUUCACACAGCACUCCUUGGUGGGCCUGUAGGCAGGUCGGGACGCCUCGCCACUGCUCGAAUGGGGGCGCCGUGCUGCUUGCACCGACGACCUCUCGCGAGGGGUGUCGAAGCCAGCGGGUCCCACAAGGGGGGCAAAGACCGCGGCGCCCCCCGCGGGGAGGUCCAGGGCCGACCCAAGACAUCUGCGCGGACACCCCACGCAGUGAGGGUAUGUGGUGCGUGCUUUCCCCUCGGCCCCCGCCGGCGGGGCUGGCCGCGCCAGCAGACUCAGGCGCAGACUCGCCCGCCCCCGAGUGGCC